AUAAAGGUCCAUGAAGGAUUCUUGGAAAGUAAGACUGUUCCCAUGAAUGUUAGUGCCACUAGCAGUUCGUCUGAGAAAAAGAGUAUUGAUUUACGAAUAUAUAUGCUGUGUUUCCUACCAUUCCUGGUCCUCCUGGUCUUUAUUCGUGACCUUAAGAGCCUGUCCUUCCUUUCAUCGCUUGCCAAUCUGUCCAUGGCUGUCAGCCUGGUGAUCAUUUACCAGUAUAUUGUUAGAGAUAUAGCAGAUCCGCGAAAACUGCCUCCUGUGGUUGGCUGGAAGAAAUACCCACUGUUUUUUGGGACUGCAGUAUUUGCUUUUGAAGGAAUUGGUGUGGUACUCCCACUGGAAAACAGAAUGAAGGACACCACACGUUUCCCACAGGCAUUGAACAUUGGUAUGGGAAUAGUCAUGGCCUUGUACAUCUCAUUAGCCACUCUGGGGUAUCUGCGCUUUGGGGAUGAAGUCAAAGGCAGCAUAACUUUAAAUCUGCCACAAGAUAUAUGGUUGUAUCAGUCUGUAAAAAUUCUGUACUCCUUUGGGAUUUUUGUGACCUAUUCGAUUCAGUUCUACGUCCCUGCGGAGAUUCUAAUUCCAGUUGUCACCUCCAAAGUGAAGCACAAGUGGAAAUUAUUCAGUGAGCUUGUGGCGAGGGCACUAUUAGUCUGCUCAACCU